CGUUGAGUAUAAAUGAAAGUUAUCACACUCACCUCUCCCCUCAGACUCAAACUCACCUCACCUCAGUAUCUUGUGAACGGAACCUCACCACUCUCCUCGCCGAUUUGUCUCUCCCGAAUCUACCCACACCAGUCCUCAUUCCUCUCAAUCCUCACUCCUCACCUGAAUCGCACCUUCACCCACUGUCUAUACCACCCGAAUCCGGCUCCUGAAUCGAGCUCGGUCUCAGUCCGCACUCCUCCUCACUGCAAAAGCCUGGCUAUAUACUUGGCAGAUUGGCAGAUUUGUGCACAGAUUGGCUUGGUUAUAUACUUAUAUGUCCAACAGAUUGGCAGAUUGGCAGGCUGCCUAUAUGACAAAUUUUCAAUAUAAAAGAGACGAAGAUGGUUUUAACAGAAGAAGAAAUCACAAGGCUUUACAGAGUCCGAAAGACUGUGAUGCAAAUGCUGAAAGAUCGGAAUUACUUGGUUGGAGAUUUUGAGAUCAACAUGUCAAAAGAACAGUUCAAGGACAAAUACGGAGAGAACAUGAAAAGGGAAGAUCUUAUCAUCAAUAAAACUAAGCGCAGUGAUAGCAAUGAUCAGAUUUAUGUCUUCUUUCCUGAUGAACCAAAGGUUGGGGUCAAGACAAUGAAGACUUAUACCAACCGCAUGAAAUCGGAGAAUGUGUUCCGAGCAAUCUUGGUUACUCAACAAAGUCUGACGCCCUUUGCAAAAACCUGUAUCAGUGAGAUAUCGGGAAAGUUCCACUUGGAGGUUUUUCUGGAGGCAGAAUUGUUGGUGAAUAUUAAAGAACACGUUCUAGUUCCUGAGCAUCGGGUGCUUACAAGUGAGGAAAAGAAGACUUUGCUGGAGAGAUACACCGUAAAAGAAACACAGCUCCCUCGGAUUCAGGUGACUGAUCCAAUUGCGAAAUACUACGGGCUUAAGCGCGCACAAGUUGUGAAGAUAAUUCGACCAAGUGAGACUGCAGGGCGAUAUGUCACCUACCGUUACGUUAUAUAAUUACUCUUUAUGUCAGUUCAACUUGAUAUUCUUUCAUUCAUAAUUAUGUCGGAAUUGGAGCUCUAAAGCGAGCAGUUGCUGCACUCCGGAUUCUAGGGAACUGAGAUGAUGUUUUGAACUCAUAAUUAUGUGAUACUUUUAUGUGCGCUCGUA